CCUUUCUUCCACACAAAAUUCACUUCAACCUCUAAUUCAAAUUCCCUUAGCUUCUCUAUUGAUUUUCAUUCUCCAUUUGAAAAAAAUGGGCUCACCUGCAGAAGUCUCCGCACUUGAGUUCAUAAAGCAUCAUCUUUUCGACGAUGGGUUUCCAGAAAUUUUCUGUGAUAAUCAAUCCCCAUCUAGCUCUGAAUCUUGUGUUUCUGAGCUGAAAAACGAUGGAUUCUUCACUGAAUGUGAUCAGUUCCUGUUUCCCGCCCCUGCAAACACGACAGCCAGUGAUAUCACUGGUGAAUUUGAGUUUGAAUCGAAGCCGCAGGUUGUCAGCAGCCCUCCGAGGAAGUUUAAAGACCGGAAACCGAAUCUUAACAUCUCCGUUCCUCAGCCGCAGGUGAAGAGCGUUAAAGUGAAGGUGGUUCAGGAUUCCGGCGACGAGAACCGGCACUACAGGGGGGUCCGGCAGCGGCCGUGGGGGAAGUUCGCGGCGGAGAUCCGCGACCCGAACAAAAAGGGAGCUCGGGUUUGGCUGGGAACGUUCGACACGGCGGUGGAGGCGGCCAAGGCCUAUGACAGGGCGGCGUUUAAGCUGAGAGGGAGCAAGGCUAUUCUCAACUUCCCUUUGGAAGUUGAGAACUUCCGGCAGGGAAGUGAGUUGCCGUCGGUGAACUCUGACCGGAAAAGGAGAAGAGAUUCCGACGCCGACGAUGAGGUGGUGAUCACAAAGGAGGUGAAAAGGGAAUUGUCGGAAGAAUCCGAUAGCCAAGAAAGACUUUACGCCGCCGUGGCAGCCACCCCAUUAACGCCGUCAAGCUGGAUGACCGUUUGGGAUUAUAAUGAUAUAAAUGGUAUUUUUGAAAUGCCGCCGUUAUCGCCGUUAUCUCCAAAUCUGUUUAGUUAUGGAAUUAAAGUUUAAGAAACUGUAUUAAUUAAUUAGAUUUAGAUGACUACGGUGCACCUGACUAUAAUAUGUCUGAGGUGAAAAUGUUUCUUAAUUUCAAUCUUUAAUAUCUUUUAUUAUUUAAGCUUUAGUUUGUGUAAAUAUAUUAUUCCUACUAUAAACUUCACUUUU